GCCCUGCGCGCCUCACCCGCCAGCUUUUGCCUGAACCUACAAGCAUCCGAGAUGAAGAACCCGGAGGAAGCUGAGGACGGUAAACAGCGUAUUCACGUGCGCCCUGGCUCACUGCGUGGCGCCGCACCAGCUAAGCUGCACCUCCUGCCUUGUGACGUUCUGGUCAGCCGGCCCGCCCCGGUUGAACGCUUCUUCACGCCCGCCGUCCGCCACGGUGCAGACGGACUGCAGGUGUCGUUUCGCGGUCGUGGCCUGCGGGGCGAAGAUGUAGCUGUGCCGCCUGGGUUUGCGGGAUUCGUGAUGGUGACAGAGGAGAUGGGAGAGGGGCUGAUAGGGAAGCUGAACUUCUCAGGGGACGCGGAGCACAAAGCGGACGAGGCACAGGAGCCGCUGGAGCGGGACUUUGACCGCUUUAUCGGAGCCACCGGCAGCUUCAGCCACUUCACCUUGUGGGGUCUGGAAACGGUCCCUGGUCCAGAUGCCAAAGUGCAUAGGGCCCUAGGUUGGCCCAGCCUUGCUGCAGCGAUUCACGCACAGGUGCCAGAGGACUGAGAGCCAGAGCAUGAAAAUGAAAGUCACAGAGCCCUUCACACCACUUUGGAGCCACUGUUUCUAUCCCAAUAAAUGAGAUCUUCACAACACCUGAGUCUGGGCACCUUACCACCCUGAAGCUGGCAUUGCAUGGCACCCAGUCUGGCAAGAACUCCUGAUCGCUCUGCCUAUAAAAACAAUUUAUUUCUGGGGGCAGGGGGGCCAGAACUUUGCAACCAGCGCCCACCCCACCCUCCAGCUCCUCCUUUACAAAAGAAAUUUUUACAGUCACCAGUCCUGUACAGAUGCUCCCCACCCGCCUUAGUGUACACAGCUGCCUGGGUCCCCCUGGUCCCUGUGUUCAGAGCGGACCUGAGCCAACAAGCCAGCUAUCCUUGGAGUCGGCCUAGACCUGAGCUCGCCUUGGUACUGGCCACUAGUUGGCCCCUCCUAGGCCUCUUCUUCUUUUGGGUCUGUCCUUUGGCCUGUCUCCCUUUGCAUGACUCUUCGAAGCUCGAAUGGGAUACGACAGGAUGACAGCCGUGUUCGGCUGGCUUUCGCGGUGUUGCAGUGAGAGUGUGUGUCACCACUUUCCUCUCUUGCUCCAGUCUUUGGGAGUGAAGUGCAGACACUUGGAGUCAAUUCGAAGGAGCCGCUUGAGCAUAGCCCGCUCAUGCCCAUCCACGAUGUCUUCUGACAGAGUGAGGAUAUACUGGCCCUGAGCAAAAGACAGACCCAGCUCAUGGUCAGUCGCAGAGCCUGCAUCCCGGUACCCCUCACCUACCCCCUAAGCACGCCUCCUGACCUUGUAGUAAUUGAUGAGAUUGAGAUAC